GAAAAACAAUUAACGGUAAUUGUAUCUAAAAAUUGUGAUUUUUUUGUGGUUUUAUUUUUUUGUUACUAAUUGCCGACAAUUGACAACAACAACAACACCGGGAUUAAAAAAAUGCCAAAUUUUAAGAUACAGGUGCCGAUAGGCUUGUCAUUGAUAAUUCACGUAAUCGGUGUACUGAUAUUGGUCUGUUCGUUGACGUCGACAAUUAACAAGGACCUGGCCUCCCGAGCCCAAGCCACUGGACCUCCCGUACCCGUACCUAAUGUCGAGGAACCGGUAGCCGGUAACCUGGCGGCCAAUAUAACAACAACAACCACAACCACGGCCAACACUACCGCAAAUCAAUCGACAACAUUACCGCCACCAUCGACACUGCAUACAGGAAAACCUGUUAGACAACAGUGUCUGACCACUGUAUUGGCCUGUAUUGGCGCCUAUAUGUUGGUAUGGCUGACCUCAAUAGUAGUCGAGUCGGUAAUCUAUGGCUAUUCCAUGUCCGCCGCCGACGCCGCAGACGCCGCCGAACUAAUGAAUUGCCGACAGUUUCGGCUAAUGCUUAUCAAUAAAUUUGGUAUACUAGUAGUGGAAAUGUUGGCACUGAUUAUCGUAACGGAAGUCGUCGGCAAUCGGAUUGGCUAUUAUGACUCGGCUGAUCCCGAUGAUGACCCCGGGUGUCGACAGUUGCCGAUGACCGCUAAAUUGAUCCAAUUGACUGUGGCCUGGUGGUCAAUGUUCGGUACGGGAGCCAUUAUGAUAAUUAUAUACAAAUUGUAUACCAAUUAUAUGGAUACUGUGAUUGAUUAUUAUAGAUAUUAUUGAAUACUAUAUAUAUAUAAACCUGUCCUCUAACCCUAACCCUAACACCCUGACCCCCUAUCCCAUACCCCUAACCUUUAAAUAUUAAGUUAAUAUAUUGAAUAUAUAAUUCAAUGAAACUGUUUGUUUUUUUUGUUGUUGCUA